AUGAACAGACAUUUGUGUGUCUGCUGCUGCCUACUGGGCGGCAGUGGAGCACUCCAAGUUUGUUUCUGCGAGAAGCCCGACUUUAUAACCAAGUGCGAGGAUACGGAUCUACAUCUGUUCAAUAACAAUGCGGAUGGAAAUGUUGGUGCCUGGGCUGCCAGCGUUUUGGCACCGUUGGACUGGGGACGCCACUGGCAGGUGUAUCCCAUACCAGAUGUGAUGUUGACAGUGCGCUGGGUAGCCUACUCGCAUGUCUUGCAUAUGUGCGGACAAUGCGAUGGAAUGUAUUCAAGACAUUAUAUUUACGUUACGCUGCGACCACUCACAACAACCAAGAACUAA